UUGGGCUCUCUCCCCUGUCAAACCCAGGCGACGCGGAGAAAGCAGCGGAACCAAAUCGGAGAAGGAGAGAGCAAUGGCAUCGGAGAACCAGAACGGCGACCGCAGGCACCAGGAAGUCGGCCACAAGAGCCUUCUUCAGAGCGAUGAGCUCUAUCAGUACAUAUUGGAGACGACCGUGUACCCUCGUGAGCCUGAGGCCAUGAAGGAGCUCAGAGAGAUCACUGCCAAACAUCCAUGGAACUUGAUGACCACCUCGGCCGACGAGGGGCAGUUCCUCAACAUGCUCCUCAAACUGAUCAACGCCAAGAACACCAUGGAGAUCGGCGUCUACACGGGGUACUCCCUCCUCGCCACCGCCCUCGCGCUCCCCGACGACGGCAAGAUCCUGGCCAUGGACAUCAACCGGGAGAACUACGAGAUCGGCCUCCCCGUGAUCCAGAAGGCGGGUGUCGCCCACAAGAUCGACUUCCGCGAAGGCCCCGCCCUCCCUGUCCUCGAUCAAAUGAUUGAAGAUGAGAAGAACCAUGGGUCGUUCGACUUCGUCUUCGUGGACGCGGACAAGGACAACUACAUCAACUACCACAAGCGACUGCUGGAGCUGGUGAGGGUGGGCGGCGUCAUCGCGUACGACAACACGCUGUGGAGCGGGUCGGUGGUGGCGCCGCCGGACGCCCCCAUGCGCAAGUACAUCCGCUACUACCGGGACUUCGUGCUGGAGCUCAACAACGCGCUGGCGGCGGACCCCCGCAUCGAGAUCUGCCAGCUCCCCGUCGGCGACGGCGUCACCCUCUGCCGCAGGAUCAAGUGAUGAUGAUGAUCCGAGGAAGAGGAUUCAGAUCUGUGUCCGACGCAGUGACUCUUUAUGUUUUCCUUCUGCUUCACUUCGUUGUUGCCGGGUCAAGUUUACUCAAACAAUUACCGUCCUUUUUCAUUUUAAUUGCCUCAUCGAGACUUGUACUAUUUUAUGCCCAUCAUUGAGCCACUCUUAAAAGUUGUGUUGCAGUAUUAAGUUACGGGGUUCUAUUUACUUCUCUUA